UGACUAAAUUACGGUUGACCUAUUAAUGAAUAUUAUCCCAGGCCUUGAACCCUCACCCAGCCCCUGAACGGAACUGGGCAGCGCUGGGUGACAUCACUUCAUGGCCCAAGAGCCAGGCUGAAACAUUAACCUUGUACCACCUGGCCUCACCAAGACCAGGGAGGGUUUGGAAACUGAACUCGGUGGCCACCCUCCCUCAGAAGCAGCCCGGAUCCAGGAGGCAGCCCUGGGGCAGAGAUGGAAGGCAGCUCCCUCAGGGACUUGCUCCAGUACCCACGCCUCCUUCAAAUGAUGCUUGUCCUGGGAAUUGGUGGAUCGCUCCAGCUUGGCUUUCAAGCCUCUAUGAUCACCUACGCCUCAGUGCAUGUGAAAACAUUGAUCAAUGAGACCUCGCUGGAACGGUCUGGCCUCCCAGUGGCCCCCAGAACCCUGACCCUGCUCUGGUCCUUGAUUGUGUCCAUCUUUGGUCUGGGGGGGCUCCUGGGCUCUAUGGCCAGUGGACGCUUGACCACAAAAUAUGGAAAGAAGAGCUGCCUCCUGGGCAACAACCUGCUGAUGGUGGCCAGCGCCUUCCUCCUGGGCCUCAGCAAGGCGGCCAAGUCCUACGAGAUGCUCCUGGCGGGCCGCUUCCUGUGUGGCCUCAGUGCAGGCAUGUGCGCUCUUCUCCACUCGCAGUACCUCGGGGAAGUCUCUCCCAAGAGGCUCCGCGGCUGUUCGAGUUCCACGGCCUCCAUCUUCUGGAGCCUGGGCAAAGUCAUGGGCCAAGUCUUGGGACAAAGUGAGCUCCUAGGAAGUGCCAGAUGGUGGCCCCUCCUGAUGGCCUUCGGUGGCAUUGCUGCCACGAUCCAGCUGCUCACACUGCCCUUCUUCCCGGAGUCGCCACCUCAUCUGUUCUUGAACAAAGGAGACGAAGAAGGAUGCUUGAAAGCCAUGAAGAGCCUUUGGGGGGAAAAGCACCACCACCAAGAGGAGCUGGAGGACCUGAGGAAAGAGCAGGCGGCCCAGCAGAGCUCCCGGAGCAGAGGCAUCCUGGAGGUGGCCAAGGAGCCCUCCCUGCGCUGGCAGAUGUACAUCCUGCUUCUCUCUGGGGUGACCCUGCAGCUGAGCGGCAUCCAGGCAGUUGAGUUGGGUCGGCCCUUUGCUCCGCCGGAAAAGGCGCUUCUGGCAGGGAAAACCAGAGGGGAGCUGUGGGGAAAACCAAACCUUUCUCUCUUGUGGUCCCACUUGCCCUGCCUGGAGUCGGUGCCUUCUCCCUUGGGCCCGUUUGUCCAUCCAAGAGCCAAUGAUCACCUGCUCUCUUGUCCGAUUUCAGAAGCUAUGCCGGGUAGCCACCUGGAAAGGCCGGGGAUCUCUAGGCCAGGCCAGGAAAGGGCCCGUCUGGUCCCCUGGGGAGCAGCUGUGGCUGCCCGUCGAAGUGGACUUCCCUGCCCAGGGUGGGCCACUCGGGGUGCCCAGGACGGCUCAUCGGUCAGCUGGCCAAGCUCCGGACUUGGGCUUUCGCCUGCCACACUCUGUCCCUGGAGUGGUCCCCAUUUUCCAGGGUUUCUUCCUCUUUUUCCCCCCCAGAUCUACGCCUACACCUUUGAAGUGCUGAGCACUGCAGGAUUCCACCCGGACGACAUCCCCUACCUGUCCUUAGGGGUCAGCACCAGCGAACUCUUCUCUGCUGUCCUCUGCACCUUCAUCAUUGAGCGCUCAGGAAGAAAGGUGCUACUCUGGGGGGGCUAUGGGCUGAUGGCCACGGUCCUGGCCCUCCUCACCCUGACCCUCUCCCUCCAGCACAGGUUCUUCUGGAUGCCAUAUUGCAGCCUCUCCCUGAUUUUCUGGUUUGUGAUUUGCUUCGGAUUGGGGCCAGCUGGUGCCAUGUCCUCUGUUCGGAUGGAAAUCUUUGACCAAACCUCCAGAGCCUCUGCAUUUGUGAUCUCUGGAAUCCUGAACUGGAUUGGCUUCUUUGUGAUGGGAAUGGCGUUCCCGUUUAUUGUGGAAAGCUUCCAGCAGUUCAGCUUCCUGAUCUUCAUGGGAGCCCUUUAUGCUUCUGGACUUCUUUUCUACCUCUUCCUGCCUGAGACCAAACAAAAAUCCAUCCUGGAAAUCCAAGAAGAGUUCAAUAAACUUAAUUUUAAGACCAAACGGGUAGUUAUAAUAGAAACAAGCGUGGUAGAAAAGCAAGCCUUCUGCACCAAAUUGUAACGGGUCACAGCUAGAUUUCCAGACCCAGGAAGGAACUUGUCGGCUGUGCCAGUCUUUCCAAACGGGUUCCACGCCCAGCUUUGCCACGCUGAGAGGCAACCUGUGCCUGGAGAUGGGCAGAGGGGUGGAGUGAGGAGCAGGACCCUGUUCAAAACAGCCCUGGAUCCCUCUGGUGCAAAGACACAAUGUGCUCCUGGAAAAGAUGAUGAGGACAACAACCACAAGGACAAGAAAGAGUCUGGAGACUCACAAAGUUUUGUUUGCCUUUAAACUUACCUUUAGAGCUUUCCUUGGGAGGGAGACCUUCCAUCCCGCUCAACCCCCUGGUCCCCCCCCCCUUGCACAGAGGCGGUCUGCAGAGCCGUAUGCAGAUCCCACCACAAUUGUCCGAGAUUAGGCAGGGGAUAUGAUAUGGGUCCUGCUCCUGCGUAAGUGCCCCUUCAGUCUCUGCUCCCUCAGGCGUGCAGGGAGGGGGAAAUAAUCCAGCCCCCCCCCUCCAUGCUCUCUCUGACACCAGCAGAGUCUUUUAAGAAUGAUUUGGUGUUGCUUUGCCUGUUUAAAAGCCAUUUAAAAACAUGGAUGUACAUUCAAGCCUUCCCUCCGGUCAUUUCUUGAUUUUAUUCUCUCACUCUUUUUAUUUAUUUCCUCUUCAUUUUGUAUUGUAAUUUCCUGUUGGAUGUUUUAUGUAGUAUUCUUGGUUUGAAUGUUUUAUGUUAUAUUGUAAGCUGCCUAGAGUGGUUGUAUAGACCAGAGGGGCAGGGUAUAAAUCAAAUAAAUAAAUAAAUAAAUUGACAGCAUUGCCUGGUGUUGAUGCCGCCAAAGAAAGAAGCCUUCGGAAAUACAGCAC